AGGAGCUAGGAACCUUUGUGCCGCACACUGUUUCUUAUCGGAAAGUUAUCGGUGACGGCAAAACAACGAUUCCGUCCUAUAGCGUCUCAACGGCGAGCCACAAGUUGCGACUGCAGCGCUUUUUACAAGCGAGAGCCCUUUUUAUCCACUAGUCUGUGUAAGACCAUGAGUAAAGAGUCCAGGAUGAGGGCAUCAGUGAACCAGAAGCUGACGGAGAUGGGCGAGCGAGAGAGACUGAAGGAGUUGUUGAGAGCCAAGCUCACAGAAUGUGGAUGGAAAGACCAGAUGAAAGCUCAUUGCAAGGAAGUAAUCAAAGAAAAAGGCUUGGACCAUGUCACGGUGGAAGACCUGGUGGUAGACAUCACUCCCAAAGGACGAGCCUUGGUGCCAGACAGCGUGAAGAAAGAGCUUCUCCAAAGAAUACGAGCAUUUUUAGCUCAGCAUGCCACAUAAUCUAUUAUUACCUUUGACCUCUUCUUGUCUCUAUGUGCAUUAUAUGAAAAACUUUUAUUUACAUGAAUUUUUACAAAUUAUUUUGCUAUCUUUGCUAUUUUUUGGUGACACAGUACGUACGAGCCCCCACCCCUCGACCGUUUGGUUGUGUGCUUUUGCAAACUACAGCUAUUUGCAGAUGCAAUUACCUGGUUGUGCUUUGUAUAUGGAAAAAAUAAAGGUUUAGGUUUUGUUGGACUUUAUUGGCCAAAUUUUAUUUUACACACAACCUCUGCUCUUAGCACAACCAACAUAUGGUUAGUUUACUAUGUGUGUUGCAUGUGGAAAGUCAAAGCUGGUUGUUGAACAGGUCUCUUAAAUCCUCAACUGGAUGUUCAUGGUUAAAUCAAAGAAAUUUUAUACUUAUACUGGUUACUUAUACUGCAACGAACACAUACAGCAGAGGUUUUUCCUGGUCAAACCUAAUGCCACCUUUUUUUGCUGGUUCAUGGUCUGUUCAUUUAUUUGUCUCAGGACUUUGUGUUGGAUGCCCUUCCUCAUGCAACCCUCACUCAUUUUUAUUCAUCCAGACCAGAUUAUUGGACAUCCUGGGGGUUUGACGUUGUUGUCCACUCAGUCAGCAGUUGGUCAAUUGGCAAUCUACCAACUCAUAUUAUUCAUAUAAUGUAAUUAUAUUUUAUAUUUAGAAUUUAAAAGUCACAGAUCAUGUGGUUUAUUCGAAUGUGGAUAGUAUGUCAUUUACACUAACCCUGGUUCUAUUAAUUAAACUCUAGCUGUGAGUAAAAUAUAAAUCUUUAUAAAUGGUUGAAAACCAGAUAAUUGCAAUGAUGUUAUUUACAAAUCUAGUAACUUCUCUGUCCAGCUAAGGUUGUACACAACUAUGUAAUUCCGAAUAAAAUAAAUAGAUAAAUAAAAUGUUAUUCUUGA